AUGUCCCCGUAUAGACUUGUUUUCGGUGAGGCUUGCCAUCUCCCCGUGGAGUUCGAACACAAGGCGUUUUGGGCAGUGAAGCAGUGUAACAUGGGAUUUGACGAAGCAGGGGUCCAAAGGAAAUUGCAACUACAAGAGUUAGAUGAGAUAAGAAAUGAAGCGUAUGAGAAUGCCACGAUCUAUAAGGAAAAGAGUAAAAUCUUUCAUGAUCAACAGGUUUCCAGAAAAUCUUUUGUAGUGGAGACAAAAGUCCUCUUGUAUCACUCGAGACUUAAACUUUUUCCCGUGGAGAUCCAAAGUUUAAAAACGGAGAAAAAGUUCGUGGUGAAUGGCCAUCGUCUCAAACCUUAUUAUGAGGGAUUCUCUGUUGAAGAAGUGGAAGUUAAACACCUCCAAGAUCCACCUUAUCAUGCUUGA